CUGUGGAAUGGCUACACUGAAGGUUUCCAGCCCCCCAGCCUAGAUCUACAAAGUUACCUUCCCACAAGUAGAGAGCCUUUCCAACGAGAGCAAAGUAAAAACCCGCUGAUCCCUUCACCGACUUCAUACAUGUUUUUUAACUAUCCAGAGGAAACAGCCCACCCCCACUAUCCCCACGAACAUGUGACCAACAUCAACAGGAACCAGUGGCCUGCGCCACCGUGGUCGAGGACAAAAGCCAAACCUGACCCGACUCCGCAGUUGAAUGGACACAGACCGGCGGAUAAGAUUUUCAAAAAAGAAGGCUUGAUGGGUAUGCCAGUGGUCACUUCCUGCUCUUCAAAUAUACCGCCCCCUGGUGGAUUUUGUACCCCUGAUUCGUCAGAAAGAAUGUUGGCCGAUCUUCACACCUUUGACGCGCCAAAUAACUGCGCUAGCAUCUCUGACUCGCCUGUAUCCCAUUUCCGCGCAGCAUCUGGGAAUGGCUU